AUUAUCUAGUCCAAAUGACGCAAUUCCACUAUAUGUAUUGAUUUGCAUUAAUUUAAUUUCGGAACUUUUAUCUUGAAGGCCAACCGUUGAUUCCACUACUGUGGCUAAUCGCUAUUGUGGCUCAGUUCACAUCGGUAGGACGUUCCAGCCUUCUCCCUAGUUGAACCAGACAGAAGCAGGCAGCCGACGUCAUUAUCCAUUUGAACUGUAUCGGACCGAAAAUGGCCACGUUAAAACAACAAGAUACUCUGAUGGAAUGCUUGAGUUGCAGCCAUCUUAAGACCGCAGAAACUUGGAUUGCGCUUGAGCCGUUAGUGUCUACAGAAAAUGAGAUUUCAAUCUACAGACUUGAAUCUAUCGCAGGACGCUAUGAGUGCACAAUAUCAGGGCUGCGCUGGGUAUGUGAGAGCAAAGUCACACUUCUGUACCACUUCAGCUCUUGGGAACCUCACAGGGCAGUGCUACAAAGCAUGGGGUACAGGCAAGCAGGCCCCCUACUGGACAUCAAAAUCAUUGAAGGAAAACUGAAAGAAGUGCAUCUGCCACAUUUUGCCUGUUUUGGUGAACGUAUGGAUAUCAGCUAUACUGAACAAGACAUUGUUUUAUUUACCUGGGAAUUCUCAAUACAUAUUAAAAUAAAUGUUUUAAUCAAACUGAUAAUGUUCUGGUUUCUGUCCAUUUUAGGGGUUGGAGAUUGUUAUGAUCCCUCUAUAAAGCAGAAAGUGAGAGUUCUUCAUGUAGAAGGCCAUGGUGUGUCCAUAGAACAAGUGGAUAAGGUCACCCGCUUCCACGUCAAGAUUCUCCAUCCAUCUUUCUCUCUGAGAGGUGUUAUCCUGCAGGCAUUAGGGUGUUCCGUGCACUGUGACUUGCAGAUCUACCGAGCCAGGACAGCACACCUCACGCUACAUGUUUAUCUGAUGCCAUGUGAUCCUGCACUAACACAGGCAGUGGAGAAGCAGGAGAAGUGUCAUGGAUCCACAAGGAUCCUGAAACCAAGACCAGAGAAGUCCCAAUGGUUGACUAGUGAUUUCUACCUCACAACAUCCUGUCCUUCUGAUGUCAACCCUCGUAGAUUGGAGCUCGCACAUGUUGACCCACCAAACUUCUUUGAGAUGUUUAUAAGAGACGCAGAUUUAGACUUCAGUCUGAACCUAAGCUGUAAAAGUCGUAAACAAACCAUAUGGAACCACGAAAUACGAGCAGCUGAAUACAGGGGUUCCAUCUUGACCUCAGGCCAGCACUUUGUGGACCUCCACCAGACAGCCCUGAUUGACAGAGUGAGCCAAGUUGGUCCCAUCUUGGACAGACUCCUGAAGAGUGGAGUCAUCACUGCUGAUGGCUACAGUGACGUGAUAGCUGAAAGAAAUAACCAGAAGAAGAUGAAGGCGCUCUUUGAUGGGCCCUUAAAUGGGUGUGGCCCCGAAUGCAAAGAUCGGUUCUUAGAGAUCCUGACAGAGCUGGAGCCAUACCUAAUCAAUCACCUGAAGCUGGAAUGAUGAGCUAGGUUGGUGAAAGGGGGGGCAUUUGAAGUUUAUUUAGGGGGAAAGAGCAUGAAUGAGUUCAGUUACUUUAUUUCUUUAUAAAAUGUGCAUAUUAUAAUUAUUUUAUAUCAUUCCUUAUAUUUCUACAUGUACAGUUGGAAGUCGGAUGUUUACAUAAACAAGUUUUAAUGACUCCAACAUAAGUCUUUCAACCACUCCACAAAUUUCUUGCCAAAACUAUAGGACAUCUACUUUGUGCAUGACACAGGUAAUUUGUCCAACAAUUGUUUACAGACAGAUUAUUUCACUUAUAAUUCACUGUAUCACAAUUCCAGUGGGUCAGAAGUUGACAUACACUAAAUUGACUGUGCCUUUAAACAGCUUGGAAAGUUCCCGAAAAUUGUCAUGGCUUUAGAAGCUCCUGAUAGGCUAAUUGAUAUCAUUUGAGUUAAUUGGAGGUGUACCCAUGAAUGUAUUUCAAGGCCUACCUUCAAACUCAGUGCCUCUUUGCUUGACAUCAUUGGAAAAUCAAAAGAAAUCAUCCUUGGGAUAAAUUUCCAAGCGCCUGAAGGUACCACGUUCAUCUGUACAAAAAAAUAGUACGCAAGUAUAAACACCAUGGGACCACGCAGCCGUCAUACUGCUCAGGAAGGAGAUGCGUUCUGUCUCCUAGAUAUGAACGUACUUUGGUGCGAAAAGUACAAAUCAAUUCCAGAACAACAGCAAAGGACCUUGUGAAGAUGCUGGAGGAAACAGGUACAAAAGUAUCUAUAUCCACAGUAAAACGAGUCCUAUAUCGACAUAACCUGAAAGGCCGCUCAGCAAGGAAGAGGCCACUGCUCCAAAACCGCCAUAAAAAAGCCAGACUACGGUUUGCGACUGCACAUGGGGACAAAGAUCGUACUUUUUGGAGAAAUGUCCUCUGGUCUGAUGAAACAAAAAUAGAACUGUUUUGCCAUAAUGACCAUCCUUAUGUUUGGAGGAAAAUGGGGGAGACUUGCAAGCCUAAGAACACCAUCCCAACCGUGAGGACAACAAAGUCAAGCUAUUGGAGUGGCCAUCACAACACCAUGACUUCAAUCCUAUUGAACAUUUGUGGGCUAAACAAUUAAAAAGGCUAUGCUACCAAAUACUAAUUGAGUGUAUGUAAACUUUUGACCCACUGGGAAUGUGACAAAAUAAAUAAAAGCUGAAAUAAAUCUACUAUUAUUCUGACAUUUCACAUUCUUAAAAUAAAGUGAUGAUCCUAACUGACCUUAGACAGGGAAUUUUUACUCAGAUGAAAUGUCAGGAAUUGUAUUUGGCUAAGGUGUAUGUAAACCUCUGACUUCAACUGUAGUGGGGGGGGUCCUCCAUCAAAUGUUUUGGGCAUCUAAAGCUCAUUUCCUGCAUUUCUACACAAUGUAAUAUGACCCUUUGGAGGUUACUGUUAUUGUAGAUACAUUCCAGUUAUAUUUAAACACUUCUAAUAAUAAUCAUGAAUAAUGAUGUGUGAGAAAGUCAAAACGCGCAAAAAUGAGAACCUCCCCUGUUGUUGUAAUGGUGAGGUUAGCCUUGUCUUGGGGGUAUGAUAUGUGUGUGUCGUAACUUUCUCACUCACUCAUUAUUAUCCGUAAUCAUAGUAUCAUCCACAUUAAUCUAGACGUGUUUAGAAACAUUCUAUUCUUAUUUACAAUAAAGGUGACUUAAAUGACACUACAUUAUUUACCAUUAAUUUGUACUGGGCACAAAAUAAUCUGAGAAACAACCAAAACAGACAGCAAUUGCAUCCAACAAAUUUGUAGAUUCACCAGCUUGAUGUACUCAUUGUGUGCUAUGAAUGUGGGACCAAAUACUUAACUUGUGAAUUUGUCCCAAUACCUUUGCUCCCCUAAAAUGGGGGACUAUGUACAAAAAAAAUGCUGUAAUUUCUAAACAAUUCACCCAAUAUGGAUGAAAAUAUCCUAAAAUUAAAGCUGACAGUCUGCACUUUAAGUUCAUAGUAAAUUUUAUUGGUCGCAAACAUUUAGCAGAUGUUAUUGCAGGUGUAGUGAAAUGCUUAUUCAUCACUACCUUACAGGUUCUACUCAAUACAUUGUUUCACUAAUUUACAUGAGUGUUAAGUCAGUACUGACGAUUUUGUAAUUUGAGUAGUGAUGAGCAGUGGCACGGGGCGACCGCACAAUUUCAGGGGAAAUAGUGAUAUUUGCGCGAUCGGUUUUCUAUCACUCAUUUACACAUCACGUCAAAGAUAUGUCACCGUGUGGGACUGGAUCAAUUAACCUUGUCAGAGUGGGCGCCCUGAUUAUAUUUUAUGAGCUGGGCAGGUCUCCCACUCAAAAGUACGAGAUGGGGAGGGGGUAGGUUGACCUCAGGUCUCCCCACCGGAAGCCCGAUGGAGGAGAGGGGGAAUCUAUCAAACAGCGCACAUCUAACUUUGUACAGUACUAAUGCAAUUAGUAAAAAUAUUUACACUACCAAAUAAACCACAAUUCAUUCAUAAUAGUGUGAAUAUAUAGUUUGACAUAUUGUUGCAUUUUUUUCUGGUUUGUGCAAAAUCAUUAAAAAUAAUAUUAAACCAGUCUGCACACCACCAAGGUGAAUUGGUUUAGUCUUGACUCUUGGUUGACAUUGUUGGGGGAUGGGUAAUGUAUCGAUGCUCGAGUGCCAAACCAACACACGUUUUUGUAUGUUUUAAAUGUUUUGAUUAUUUUUGUGUUCCAAAUUUCUGAAUAAAAAUUAGUUAGUGCAGAA